AUGAUGAAGAGCGAGGAUCACUCAGCCAUUAAUGUACCUGAAUCAAGCGCUGUUGAGAAAGGCAAAGCGCCGCUCAUUGCCACCGCGAGGGAGGAAAAGAGCGGAUUCAAGAAAGGAUUAGGUAUUGCCGACUUCCUUCUCAGACUAGGAGCCAUUAUUGCAGCUUUAGCUGCCGCUGCCACCAUGGGAACCAGUGAUGAAACUCUUCCUUUCUUCACUCAAUUCUUUCAGUUCGAAGCCAGUUAUGAUGACCUCCCCACAUUUAUGUUUUUUGUGAUUGCAAUGGCACUAGUCGGCGGAUAUCUCGUCCUUUCCCUCCCUUUCUCCAUAGUCACCAUCGUCCGCCCUCAUUCAGUUCCGCCCAGACUUCUCCUAUUCAUUUUGGACACUGUGGCAUUAACUUUGACGACUGCAGCCGGUGCGGCGGCGACUGCCAUAGUCUACUUGGCUCACAAUGGGAACCCAAACACGAACUGGCUAGCCAUCUGCCAACAAUUCGGUGAUUUUUGCCAGAAAGUGAGCGGAGCUGUGGUGGCAUCCUUCGUUACUGUUGUGGUUUUCAUCUUGUUGAUUCUACUGUCUGGUUUUGCCCUCAAAAAGCACUGAAAAAAGGGAACAGAUUGUUGAAGAAAACAAGCACAAGAGAUCGAUAGACAUUCAUU